UUAUUGCAAUUAUUUUUCUUUAAAAACUACUCCUUGGACACCGAAGUCUCAGCCGUUCAAGCAUGUCCUAUACACAAUACACACUCACAAGAAGACUGACAGAUUAGUCCGGGGAAGAGAGAGAGAGUGUGUGUCUGUGUUCUUGUGGCCUCUAUGGAUGAUGAGAAAUUGCCAAGUGAAAGCCGAGGGAAGCCUAUUCGAUGCAGAGCUGCUGUGAGUCGCAAACCAGGAGAGCCUCUAGUGAUUGAAGAGAUCAUGGUGGCACCCCCGAUGCCUCAUGAAGUCCGUAUUCGAAUUAUAUGUACCUCUCUGUGUCAGACCGAUCUCUCCUUCUGGAAAAUGAAGGACUUCCCCGCAAUUUUCCCAAGAAUUCUUGGUCACGAAGCUAUUGGGGUUGUGGAGAGUGUUGGGGAGGAUGUCAAUGAGGUGACUGAGGGAGAUACCGUCAUCCCAACAUUCAAGUCAGAAUGUGGAGAGUGUGCAGAUUGUAAAUCGACAAGGAGCAACCUAUGUGCAAAAUUCCCCAGGCCCUCAAUUUUUAUGCCAAGAUACGGGACGAGCAGAUUCACAGACCUCAGUGGGGAAGUUCUAUACCAUUUCCUCUCCGUGUCUAGUUUUACUGAGUAUACAGUGGUAGACAAAGCCCAUAUCACAAAAAUUGACCCUGCAAUACCACCAAGCAGUGCCUGCCUCCUGAGCUGUGGAGUAUCGACCGGAGUUGGUGCUGCUUGGAGAACAGCAAAGGUGGAGAAGGGAUCAACUGUUGCUAUAUUUGGGCUGGGUUCCAUUGGAUUAGCUGUCGCGGAGGGAGCAAGACUUUGUGGUGCAGCCAGAAUUAUUGGCGUGGAUGUGAACCGAGACAAAUUUGAAAUUGGAAAAAAGUUUGGACUCACUGACUUUGUCGACCCUGCGAAUUGCGAGAAUAAUUCUGUGAGCGAGCAGGUAAUCAAGGAAAUGACUGGCGGGGGUGCAGACUAUUGCUUUGAAUGUGUUGGGCUGAUAACACUGAUGCAAGAAGCUUACGCUUGCUGCCGAAAGGGUUGGGGAAAAACAGUUGUUUUAGGCAUGGACGGACCGGGCUCACAGGUGACCCUUCCCUCUCUUGAUAUCAUUUUUGGCAAAACCCUCACGGGAUCCUUAUUCGGAGGACUCAAACCUAAAUCUGAUAUCGCUGUCCUCAUCAAUCGAUACAAGGACAAGGAACUACAACUUGAUGAGUUUGUGACACACGAGAUCAGGUUUGAAGAAAUCAACAAAGCUUUUGAUUUACUCAUUGAAGGGAAAUGUCUCCGAUGUGUAAUCUAUAUGACCAAUGAAUGACUUCUGUUAGAAACAGCCUGUACUUUAAUAUAAACUCUAGGCUAAUUAACAAUAAGCAAGCAAAGGUUUCAGUGUUUAAGUAAA